AUGGCGGCCGAAUCGUCGCACAACCCAUACGCCCGAUCUCCCAACCCAUCCACAAGGUCAUACGACUCCUCGUCAGUCUCUUCUGCUACGUCGCCGCGGCCACCAUCUCGGUAUCUGGGCGGGCUUCUGGGCACGAGCGCGCGGCCCAACGCGGCGCCGAGUCCCCAACCCAUUGGCAUGCCGUCACUGCCUCCUGUCAACCAAGGCUUCCCCCCGUACGCGUCCAUGUCUAGCUCGGUACUCGGGCGCGAGUCUCUCGCCUCGACCGACUCAGUCAUGAGCGGCCAGGGGGUCGGCCACGGUCACUUGCCCGGGACGCCCGGCAGCCAGGGACAGAAGAGGGCAUAUCGCCAACGUCGCAAGGACCCCAGCUGCGACGCGUGCCGGGAGAGAAAGGUCAAGUGUGACGCCACCGAGACCACCAGUUGCUCGGAAUGCUCUAGCAGAAACGUCAAGUGCCAGUUUACCAAGGAGACGAACCGGAGGAUGUCGUCGAUCAAGCAGGUCCAGGACCUGGAGAAGCAAAUCGAGAGGGUGAAGCGCGACAACUCCAACUUGCGCAGGAUCCUCGGGGAAAGGGAGGGUCCCAUGGACAUGGAAAUGGAACCCGCAGAUCGACAACUCGCCCAAUUACCCCCGAUAGGGUCCGAGCCGAAGCAACGCAGACGACACCCUCCCAACCCAGAGCUGGCGCGGGCGCGGGCAAGCGUUCGCAGCCUCUCCAAAGGGAUCUGGAAACCACCAGCACAGCAUCGCCAGCCUCCGCCGACAAUCCUCGACUGCCCAACGCCAGAGCUUCCGCCCCAGUCCGUUGUGGAUCGGCUUUUGCAUUCGUAUUGCAACUCUGCACACACAAUGUUCCCGAUCGUCCAUAUGCCGACAUUCCAGGCCAUGGUCGACGACUUGUACAGGUCGAAUCCUCAGCGGGUAUCCUCAGCCUGGAUAUCACUCUUCUUCGCGGUUCUUGCGGCAGGCAGUCUGUUCAGCCCCGAACCGCCCACCACCACCACCUUCUACCGGCCAGCCGAGCUUUUAGAGUCUGCCCGAAAAGUCAUGGAUCCCUGGAACAAUCACCAAACGCUCGACAACGCGCGUGCCCUCGUGCUCAUCGCUCUGUGUCUCAGCGAGAUGAACUUGAAGUCCGCUGCUUGGAAUUGGCUUGGCAAUGCCGUCCGCGUUGGGCAGGAUCUUGGCCUCUACUCUGAGUCGGGCUCCUGGCCCGUCAUCGAGGGCGAAAUGCGGCGACGGACAUGGUGGUCCAUUUACAUCCUCGACAGAACCAUGGCUACAGAGAUGGGGCACCCUUUUCUCAUCGACGAUGCGGACUGCGACGUGUCUCUUCCGGCCGCUGUGGACGACCAGUACCUUCGAGAGGAUGGAAUGCGAGUCCCGAACGGGGCCGAGCCGCUGACCCAUUCCCUCCUUGCCAUUAUCCACGUCGUGCGGUCGUACACGUCCUUGAUCAGAUCGAUGGAUGCGCCGGGGCUCUCCGCCGGCCAAUUGGCCAUGUUUGACGGGCAUUUCAAGAAGUGCCUGAGCACCUUCCCGCCGGCCUGUGAUCCCAGUAACACCGUGGCGCUGGCACCGCACUUUCUAGCUCCGCUGGCCUACCUUUUCCAUGCGAGGCUCCUUGUCCAUCGACACAACUUGUCACCGAGCUGUUCGCCCGAAGUUCGUUUCGCCGCCAUUGAGAACUGCACUCACGUUGCCCUCGAGACGGCGUCGCUCAUCAGUCGAACUAAAUCCCCAGCUGACGGUGCAACGGCUCUGCUUACGACGCAUAUUUUCCGUUCGACGCUGUUCCUGCUUCUGGCCGGCUACCUCGACCAUGCGACCACGCUCAUCAGAGCCCUCGCGGCUAUUGACGCUCGACGAGACAUCACCCUGUCGUGCGGACGCUAUCUGUCCUUUUUCAUAUCCACGUUGGUCGCGAAGCGGGCGGAGCACGCCAACUACCUCUCACGACGGUCCUCGGUCGACCACGCGGCACUCCUCACCUCCUUGACCCGCGACGAAGAGCUCCUCGCAUACGUUUCGGCUGAUCAACAGGCGUCACCACAGCGGUCGUGGCUUUGGGUGGUGCAGGACAACGAGCCGCCUCCGCCGAAGUCGAGCACCGCGUCCGGCGGCGCAAGUGAGAACGGGCUCUUCAGUUCAGAGCUCCGGACCGGCUUGACGGAGGAGGAGCGCAGGGAAUGGGGCGGCUGGGCACGUCUCGAGGCGGCCGCCCGAGGGCUGGCUGGCAGCGCUACCACGGCCACCACCACGUGGACACCUCUGCCUCCACCGCAGGUCAAGAGCGAGUCUCCCGUGGCAGCCGUCGAGAUCCAGCGCCUGUCAGACGCACCUAGAUUCGCGACCGAGGCCAGGGCCCCGCCUUCGGGCAGCCCAACGUCGAAUCCAGUUGUCAAGAGGGGUGCCGAGCGCAUCAGCAUCGCCAACAUCAUUUGA